AUGAUAGGUCGUACUGAUCCAUUACGUCGUUCAAAUGGCACAUGGAACUUUUCUGUUAGUACUUUACCUAAAACAGCCGAGAAAUUCAAUUCACAAUCACAGCACCAUCGUCUACCGAUUUGCAGCAAACUUUUAUCACGUAUAUCUCAUAAAUUAAAUGGAUCGUUUUUCGGUAUUUAUUGGGAUUCUCUACUACGUGC